AUGGUCGAUUUUAUCAAGGUUGCAGACGAGCUGAAUCGUCAUCUAAUCGAUGGCAACGACGAUGGUUUGCUUAAGAUAACAGCGAGGUACAAAACUGCAGAACGUCAGGAGAUUUCCAACGCCUUCCAAGCGCACCAUGGUCGCGUCAUAAGUGAGGCCAUCAAGAUGUACUGCAAAAAAGGACCCUUCCAAAGUCUUAUGUCAAUGGCCUGGGAGCCGUAUCCAGAGAUGAAGGCGCAAAAUCUUACAACCCUGAUGAAGGGUGGCAAAAAUCCAAAGGCAAUAUGUGACUAUAUUUUGACAACGAAUCCGGACGAAUGGGACUACAUUACUAGGUACUAUCAGAACAGCACUGGACGCGAUCUAUCAAACGACCUGCUCCAAGAGCUUGGGUCGAAGACAUUUUGGGCGCGCCUCUGCCUCUCUUGGAUAGCAUUUCGUCGAGCACCCCGAAAUGACCCCGCCGGAGACGCAGAGGCGCUUCGCGUGGCGCUCAGUGGCAAGAAAGCAGACGAGGACGCCGUUGUUCAGCUCUUGGGCACCACAACUCCCGAUGAGUGGGCGCGCAUUUCAAAGGCCUUUGAAAUUUCCACGUCGCGCACUGUCCACGAUUGUAUGCGCACAGUGUUCAAGGGGAACGAUCUAACGGCCGCGCAUACUGCACAUCAUUUCCUGAACAAUGCCAACGAGGGCGCUGCGUACCUGAUCUUCAGGGCGGUCGAAGAGAAGGGUGACGUUGAGAGAUGUGCACGCGCAACGGCAAUGUAUUACGACAAAUGCCCGCACGUGAAGCUUAACUACGCUAUUUUCGGUAAUCUAGCACGCGAUAUUCGCAGAGUGUUCAAGAGCAAUUUCGGCGAGGCCUGUUGUACCAUGUGGGGGGUUCUAUAA